AUGUUUGCAAAGAACAUUAUCCUUGCCGCCACUUGGGCGACCUCAGCUCUCGCUCUUAGUGCAGUUGGGUCUGGUACCUGGACUUCCGUGAGCCCCACUUUCAACUCACAAACAUGCGAGGGCGGCUCAAUUGAUGGCGAUAUUUUCACCCUCCCCUCGACCGCUACGGGAAGUGAACCCGGCUCUUAUUGCGAUAACGGCCACUUGCGUGCUGAACGUCGUUAUGUAAACGACUACACCACGGGCACACAUCAGUUUGCUGGUACUUUCAAGGUAACCUCCUUUGGUGGUACCAACAUCUCCAUCAAACAGACCUUCAAUGAAGGCGGUUCGCUCUUCUUCCUCUUGGGAGUGAACAGCGAUGGUGACCUCUACAAUGUUGAGGGCGGUACAAUCAUCGCCAGUGGUGUGGCCACGGUUGGAACGACUGUGACUGUCAACACCAUUCAUGAUGUCAGUACCAGCACCUACACGGUUUAUGUCAAUGGGGUUGAGAAGUACAGCAUUACCUCGCCCGCUGGGGAGUUCUACGACAAAGUCGGAACCUACCAGACUGAUAGUGGUGACGGUCCAAUUACUGUUGACUGGUCUGCCGUUGCAUUUUGGACACAGUAA